UCUGGCCAGAAGGAAACGAAAGUGAAAUGUGCCGUCUUGAGUGGACAACAUCUCCAGCUCCGCGUUGGUAAAUAUAAAAGGAACUCGCCCAGCUCCCGAUGGUGCGCUUUUACCUCUCAGACAUCAGAGAAGCGUCGUGGAAGGAAGAGACGUCAGCCGGUCGCUGCUUCGCCGCGGAAGCGAGAGACGCUCCGGGAAAGAGUGCGUGCGUGCGUGCUCCUGUGCGCGCAUCCUUGGGUUAUUUUACUGAAAAGGAGGGUCCAUCGGAGGAGAAGGCCUGGAUAUCAUCCGGUGCUUCAUGUGUAUGGAACAGUAAUGACCCAGGUUUAAGUACAUCCAGUAUCCAAAGGUGGCCCAGUUCACAUGUAACACUGUGUCAAAAACCAUAUAUCCAUCAUGGCUUAUGAAGCAAGUUUAGUAGGAGAUAAGGCCUCUUUGAACAGGUUCAGGCUGUCCAAGCAAAUAUCACCCUUGGCAAAUGUUCCAAAAGAACCAUGUUUGCAUGAUUUCCAAAAUCCAGAGCUACAAAGAUGCAUGGGAGAAAUUACUGAUUUUGUUUUGCAUGAAAUACCAAAAGCUGAUUAUGUCAGCUUGCUGAAUGACUACGUUGAGUCAGAGUUUUUUCUGAUUGAUGGUGAUUCAUUAUUCAUCACUUGUGCAGGCGAACUGACAUUACAGCGAGGACAAAACUUGCACUUUUUUUUCCUAGCUGAACGCUUUCUCCUGGAUUUAACAAGUAAAGGAGCAAAAUAUAUCAUUGUUUUCUUUAAGGACAUUGAAUAUCUGUAUUUCCAAAAUGCUGAUCUCCUUUCUUUGCGUACUGCAUUGAUAAUCCAUCUGAAAAACAACACUGAAAUUGCUAUACGCACUGAAUUUUCUAACUGCUUAGACUGCAAGUGGCAGGACUUUCUGCAAGAGUACUAUCCAUAUUUCUUAAUAAUUUGUGAUGAAGGGCUGGAUCAACUGCAGACAUAUUUUCUCCAUGUAUUUAUUCUGCAUACUUUGUCAAAGAAAAUCAACGUGGUGCUUACUUCAGGCCAAGAAUCAGAUGCAAUCAGAGUUUACGGGUACCACAUCCACAGUCUACACAGACAUCAUGCUUUUUUUAAACAGCAUGAAAAAACAGUUAAUCAUUACUAUCAAACUCUGGUGAAGUACUGGAAGGAGUCCAGGACAGAAGCAUGCCUACCUCUUUCUGGAUGUCCAAGUCUAGAGGCUUUGGCAGGAAAGGCUUAUAAAAAGCUCAUUCAAUUCCAGAAGGAUAUCAAAGAUCUUCGGUACAUUGUGUGUAUUAUCACCUGUUCGCUGGUUCUGGAAAUGCACAGUCACGUUCUAGAAAGCCAAACUACCUCUACAAAAGAGACACCUGUGCAAACAGCAUUAACGCUGGAAGAAGCUGGAGACCUUCUUCGGAUGUAUUGCCUCAGUGUGGUUUUUCUACAUCAUUUGCCCAUUUCUCAACGAUCACGGAUGAGAUUCAUUGAUGCCUGUUGGAAUAAGGAAGUAUUAACAUUUAUGCAACAGCAAAAACUCUGUGAAUUUCAUGUUCUUCAGCAUCUUGCCACUCAGGCCUCGAGGACCAUGGAUUUUUCUUCCCUGCCUGAUUUAAGUGAUGAUAUCCUGUGGAAGAACAUAGCAUAUUAUUAUGAACUGGAAAAAGGCCCAGAGUUUGAUUUGGAUGUAGGAACAGAAAUGAAUAGAGACUAUAACCUUUUGUGGAAACAUAUCACAGCAUUGUCUGGAACUUGUAGUACUGGACCAUCUUUUCCUCUACGAAUAACUUCUAAAACAUUUCUUGAAGAGGACUGUUCCCCUAGAAAAGACAAUGCAUCGAAGAUAACAUUUCCUAAACCAGGAAUUAUACCAAUGAUGAGUAGCAUAGUGGAUGAAUUUGCUGGGGAUAUUUUAAUUGAGCUGCCAUAUUUAAAAAGUGAUGAUCCUGUGGUUACUUCACUUAAAAAACAGAAAGAAUUUGAUGAACUUCUGCACUGGCAUUCAAGAAGGCCUCUCAGUGAUGAUUAUGACAGGACACAUAUGGGAUUUCUAGGAGCAAGCAAAGACCCCUGGGCCCUUCGAAGCAAUCAAAAACUGCAAACCUUUCUACGAUUUUAUGGUCAAUCUCUAGAAGGUAACCUUUCGAAAACAAUUGCUCCUCAGCCGGAUACUCAAAAGAAGGCUUAUCCUCAUGCCACAAAAAACAAGAAAGUCCAAAAGACAAAAGCAGAAAUUAUUAUAGAGGAGAACAAAAAAAGGAAGAGAAUUGAAGAAGAGAAAAAAGAAGAGUGUCGCUGGGGUGCCCUUUCAGUGACGAUGGAAAGCAACAUUAAAGAAAAUAUGACAUCUGGGAUUAAGAAUCUAGAAGAAUUUCUUAAAAAAUGUCAAAGUGCAUCUGUGAAAAGUGGUGCUGAAAUGACAGCACUGAAUGUUUGCUUUGGCUUGUGGAUGGAACAGUGCAAGGCAGAGGGCAAAACCAACAAAAACUUAAAUAUAGCAGUUGAAGUGAUGAGAAGAAUCCACUCAUUGAUUGCAAAUUAUGAUCAAGAGAAUUUAUUGAAGGAGACGGACUUUCAUCAGAUUGCCAAAUGCCUCUGGUACUUUGGAUUUGACAACUUGGCAAUUUCUUUAAAAUAUAUCAAGGUAUCGGAAGAUGAGAGAAAGGCACUUAAGAGGAAGUAUUCAAAAUAUGCUGUUGGCAUGGGGUCUUCCCGGUUUCAGCUACAGUACAUGAGCCCCUAUCUUAUACGAGAAGAAAGAAAAGAUCCUGAUCCCAGAGUGCAAUAUUUUAUUCCAGAUACAUGGCAGCGAGAACUUCUUGACAUUGUGGAUAAUAAUGAGUCUGCAGUCAUUGUUGCUCCUACGUCAUCGGGAAAAACAUAUGCCUCUUACUAUUGCAUGGAAAAAAUCCUGAGAGACAGUGAUGAAAGUGUGGUUGUGUAUGUUGCUCCUACAAAGGCUCUCGUUAAUCAAGUGUGGGCAACCAUUAGCAAUCGAUUUGACAAAGCAUUGCCAGCUGGUCUUGCUGUAUGUGGUGUUUUCACUCGAGAUUAUCGCCAUGAUGCCUUGAAUUGCCAGAUACUGGUAACAGUGCCACAGUGUUUAGAAAUCUUACUUCUGUCACCUCGUCGCCAGAAAUGGGCUCAAAGGAUAAGAUACGUUAUAUUUGAUGAGGUCCAUUGUCUUGGAGGUGAAAUUGGAGCAGAAGUUUGGGAGCAUCUUCUGGUUAUGAUUCGAUGCCCGUUUUUGGCCCUCUCUGCAACCAUAAGCAACCCGAAACAUCUCGCUGAUUGGUUGCAGUCAGUAAAAAGAUACUGGCAACAUACUGAAGCUGCAAUAGCACGAAGUUCUGACUGUUUCACAUCUAUGAAGAAAGGAGCAAAAGAAAAGAAAAGUAUUAAAAGACAAAAUACAUCAUACAGGGUUAAAUUAGUGGUGUAUGGAGAGAGAUACAAUGAUUUAGAAAAACAUGUAUGCUCCCUUGACCAUGGUGAUUUCACUAUUCAUCAUUAUCAUCCCUAUGCUGCAUUAACUGUGAAGCAUAUUGAAAAGUAUGGCUUUCCCUUGGACCUUUCACUGUCUCCUCGAGAAACUGUUAUAUUGUAUGACAUCAUGGUAAAAGCUCAGAGAAAUUGGCCAAGGGCAAAUGAGCUGGAUCCUGAGGAGUUUUUUAAGGACAAAAUUGUCAUCACAAAGGCUGAUGCUAGAAAUUAUGAGAGAGAGCUGAAAGAAGAGCUAGAAAUGUGGACUAAACAUGGUAACAGUAAGGAGGCAAACAAAGUGUUGCUGCUGCUCAGACCUCAACCUUCAUCUUACUCUUCUGAAACACAGAUGCAGAUGUACUUUCCUCAUUUUGUUGAAAAACUAAAACUGAUGGAUAAAUUGCCUGCACUAUUUUUCCUAUUCAGCAUUAAAAAAGUGGAAGAAUUGGCUCGAGAUGUAUGCCAGUUCCUAGAGGACAAGCAUAGUAAGAAGCAAAUCCCAGGUUCUGAAAAAGAAGAAUGGUUAACAAAAAAAUGUAAGAAGAUUGAAAAAUCUUUGGCAGAUCAAAAUGACAUUAAAAGACCAGAACAACGGACUGAAAAAGUAUGCAGCUCCUUAGGAGAUAACCACAUGAAUAGAAAACAAGAACAAAUGUUAAAAAAAUCAAAAAAGAUUGAAAAAAGUGUGAAGAAAAAGCAGACUGACGACACUAGAGUAACCCAUAAAGAUGACAAAAAAUUUGUCUGGGAGGCUGAGCUUGAUAGCAUAAGGAAGCAAAUGGAGAAGAUUUCUGAAAUCCCUUCAGACUGCACCUAUGCAAAUGAACAUGCCAUUGAUAAUGAGUCUUUGACCAAGAUAUUUGAUCGAGCAAGAUUCUUGAAAAAGAACCAAAUACUGCGAAACCUGGCACUAAGAGGCAUUGGAUAUCAUCAUGCUUCUCUGGAAGCCAAAGGGAGGCAAAUGGUGGAGAUGCUUUUCAGAAGGGGAUUUAUCCAGGUGGUUACAGCCACAGGAACAUUGGCUUUGGGAAUCAACAUGCCAUGUAAAUCUGUUGUUUUUGUACAGAAUUCUGUAUAUUUGGAUGCUCUGAACUAUAGACAGAUGUCUGGACGUGCUGGGCGACGAGGUUACGACUUGUUGGGAGAUGUCUUUUUCUAUGACAUUCCAUUGCCUAAAAUACAGAAACUCAUUAAAUCAAAUGUUCCUGAACUUCGAGGACAGUUUCCUCUGAGUAUUUCUCUAAUACUGAGACUCAUGCUGUUGGCUUCAAAAGCAGAUGAUAAAGUGGAUGCAAAAGCAAAGGUCCUGUCGUUACUGAAACAUUCACUGUUAUCCUUCAAACAACCAAGGGCCCUCAAGAUGUUGAAGCUCUAUUUUUUGUUUUCUUUACAGUUCCUUGUGAAGGAGGGAUAUGUGGAUAGGGAAGGUAACACUACAGGAUUUUGUGGACUCGUGACCCAUUUGCAUUAUCACGAACCUUCCAAUAUUGUUCUAGUUACAUUUCUCGUGAAAGGCUUGUUCCACAAGUUAUGUCAACCAAGUAAGAAAGGAUCACAUAUUUUCUCUAAGGAUGUGAUGGAAAAGCUGGUGCUAGUAUUGGCACAUCUUUUCGGAAGAAGGCAUAUACCAGCUGCUGCUAUUAAGUCUGAAAGGAAAUUUUACCAAUCAAUGGUGUUUCUUGAAGAUCUCCCUGAAGAUUUUGCUAAUGCUUUGCAUGAAUACAACUGCAAAAUAGCAGAGAAUUUUGGACAGUUUCUACAGACUGUUUCCACCUUGGCUGAUAUGAAGCAAGAAUAUAAACUUCCACUUUCAGACCUUGAUUUUUCAAGUAAAGAACAAUCUGAUUCUCCGCUUGCAUCUCACUUAAUGAGCUGUGACAAGGGAAGGACAGCAGUUUCACCUUUUGCGUGCCUUUCAAGAAAUACAGAACUUGAUUUACUACAUGCAGGGACUGUCAACAGUGUCAUAUUGCGAACAAUAGGUAUUACUGCUGCAAAUAUUCCAAUCCUCUAUUCAAAGAUGCAUGAUAAUCAGGGAAGAAUUAUGCCACUUAAUGCAUAUGCGCUUGACUUCUAUAAACAUGGAUCAUUGGUAGCAAUGGCUCAGGAUAAUGGUAUACAUGAAGGAGACGCUUAUCUUUUGCUGAAAGACUUUGCCCUUGCUCUUAAAGCAAUCAGUGUUUCUUUGUCUGAACUUUGUGACAAUAAGGAUGACAAUGUUGUGCAUGCAUUUGAACAAUUAAGUCAGAAUUACUGGGAGAAACUGGAAAAGGUUUAACUGGAACUAAUCAUCAAAUGAAUCUUUUGGUACAUUGAAAAUGCCUGCGCUGAAAAACUAUGCAUUGUAGAAAGAAUAAUACUUCUCAGUUGUAUCAAAUUAUUAUCAGUGAUUUGUUGAUUGGAUAUCUAGCAUUAGUUUGAUUAUGUCUGCUCCCUUAAUAUAGGUAUAUAGUUUUAAAGAUUUUAGACUUAUCUGUUGGACCAGCAACAAAAAGUUGUUUUUGUUCAUGCAACAGUUAGUCUGCAGUCUGUGACUACUGAGUAUGCCCAGUCUUCACUGGCUAUGCCUUCAUUUUGCUUGUAAUACACAGGACAAUUUUAGAGAUUUUACCAUUUUUGUUGGAGCACUCAACUACUGUGGACACAGUGAAGGGGAAAUCAUUUUUAUUCAACAGUAGGGUUGCUCACCCCUCUCAAAAGUUCUGUUUCCCCAAGCAAGUUCUUUCCACUGGUUUUGCUCCAGUUUUUCCCAUUCACUUUGCUCACCCAGUGGUUACUAUAAUAUGUUUUGGAAAUGAAAAUGCUUCUCCAUCUGUUCUCCAAAUGCUUCUCUUCUACUUAUGGCCAAAUACCUGACACAAAAUCUCAAGUAAGCAUACCUAACUAUUUUUAAAUAAAUCCACGAGGAAGAGUAUUUGGGCAUUGACUACUUCUUUUAGUUUGAGUGUCUGUGUGAAUUUGUUUUUUUUAAAUAAAUUCUAUAGUAUUGGGGACAUUUUAAAUACUAAUAAAUAAGUGAAUCCUCAUUCCCUUUGUUACAAUUUUUUAUGGAUUGUGAGUUUGAAAGUUUCUUUUCACAGUUGGUCCUUCCAUAAUUAGAACUGCAACAAUGGGAAAUUCUUGCAGAACUUUUGUGGAUGGAAGAAAUUAAGAAGAUUAUUGAUAGCAUGAGGAAUGGGAAAGCCCUGGGGCCAGAUAGUUUUCCAAUAGAAUGAUAAAAGACAAUUCAGAUUGCUUAGUUCCUCAGUUGCUUAGAGUUAGGGACCCUGCCAAUUUCAAUGUAUAUGAUCAUAUCUCUGUUAUUCUGAAGCCCAAUAAAGAUCAUACUAGUUGUGCAAAUGAUAUGGCUGUUUCUUUAACAUAGAUGCUGAGAUACUGUUCACAACCACACGAUACAUUCAUUGCAGUUACAGCACAUGGCUUUCCCCAAAGAAUCCUGAGAACUGUAGUUUAACCCUCACAGAGGUAAAACAAAAAAUGUUUCAAGUAUAUUGGACUUCACAGCACCUUUAUGGGAAGGGAUUGGUUAGUUCAGAUAGAUGUUAGUGAUGUAAUGCUAAAAAUGACUUUUUGAGGCAUAUGAUGUGGGCAUAUCCUGUAAUGUUUGCUUUCUUUCGGCAAACUACUGCUCUUAUCAACUUUGUUUUGGAGAAAUUCUUGAUAUUUGCAGGACUAACAGAUAAUGGGUUAUGUGAGCUCUUACAAGGGCUGAGACUUUUACUGCAGGUUGGAAGAGCAAACAUCCACCACAUAUCACCCAGGAGUUUGAAAUCUCACUGCCCUUUUUUACAUUUAAAUAUGUGGCUUAUCGUCAAUUUUGUUUAGAUACUUCAUUGGACAUUUGGAUUGCCUGCAUUAAUUUAAACUUUUAAAUAAGAUUUGGUGGGAUAUUCUUAUUGUUAAUGUCAGCUGGCAAUUUUUAAUAGUUAUAAUUAUUCUAUUUUUCUCUUUCCCCCCAUUAUAUUUGCAAAUUUAAAAAAUGAAAAUAAGUAAUUUCUAUUUCCCUUUAUGGAGUUUUUUCCCCCCAGGAAGGAUGGGGUGAACUCAUGUAGUUAUACCAUAUGUUGGACAAUUCUGUUGUUGGCAGUUUUUAGUGAGAAGUAGUUUUUUACCUCCUAGAGUGAUAGCCUAGUAUGGAACUGGUCCCCUCCAAGGUGAGAUGUGGAAGGGGAGUAUUUGAGAGUUCAGUGGGUGCAGGGUAUGAGAUCAUUAGCACUGCAGAGAUGAGGACGUUAUUUUUAUAUCCUUGACAAUGAUCCUUUGUAAGAGAUAUGUUUUUAGUGUUUUAUCACUUGUUUGCCACCCUGGGCUCCUUCUAGGAGGAAUUAAUAAAUAAAAGUAAUGAGUGCAUGUGGGUUGUAACAUUGUUGAAUGUGACUAGUUUGGAUAGGAGUGGUUGGUUGAUAAAGAUAUUGUAUGAGAUGGUGAAUGGGUACAGCGGUUGUAUUCAUACCAUGUUUUAAUGUUGGUUGGGAGGUUGUAUCAUGCUGCCUAACAAUUUUUCUAAUCUUAAUUCCAUAGAUAUUAUAGAGAUAUCUUGUAUUUUAUAUAUUUGGAUUUUUCUUAAUGUAAAUCAUCUGAAAUUGUGCUUAUUGUAUAUUUAGGUAUUUUGACGAUGCAUUUUGAUUUUUUGUAAACUGCUUUGAGAUCUGUAGAUAGUAAACAGUCCAUAAAUGGACUAAAUAAAAUAAAUAUUUGGCAAGGCCAACUGUGCAAAACAUCCAGCUCUUCUCCCUGCUUUACUUUCCACUAAGAAAUUAAAAAUAAAAGCAUUGCUUCACAAGUAA